AUGUCCUUCUACAAAUACAAAGACUUGAUCGAAGAGGGCGAUCUCGUCCUCGCAUUCGUGUCUCGUGGCCUCAUAAAGCCCUUUACAGUCACCAAGGGUCAGCUCCUCAACACCCGGUUCGGAAACUUCGAGCAUGACAAGAUGAUCGGCAUGAAGUUUGGAACCCAAAUGGGUGGUGUUAAAGACCGUGGGUUCGUCCACCUUCUUCAUCCUAGUGCCGAGCUCUGGACAGUUUCACUUCCCCACAGAACCCAAAUCGUGUAUACGCCUGACUCGUCGUACAUUGUACAGCGACUUGGAAUCACCAGUGGAAGUCGAGUCAUCGAGGCUGGAACAGGUUCAGCAUCGUUCACCCACGCAUUUGCCCGUACUUUAGGAGCAACCGGACGUCUCUUUACUUACGAGUUCCACGAGCCCCGGUUUUUGGAAGCCAAGCGGGAAUUGGAAGAGCAUGGUCUUCUACAAGAGAACACUAUCAUCACUCAUCGAGAUGUAUGCAAUGGAGGCUUUGACAUCGAGACGUUGCCAGAGAAAUUUGGGUCCGAGAUCGCCUGUGACGCCAUCUUCUUGGACUUGCCAUCUCCCUGGACUGCCAUUCCGCACCUCAAGUCGGUGGUGUCUCAAACUUCGAAGGUGGGCAUCUGCUGCUUCAGUCCAUGCAUUGAGCAGGUGGAUAAAACCAUCGAGGCCCUUGAAGAAAACGGCUGGACAGGAAUAGAAAUGGUAGAGAUUGCUGGAAGACGCUGGGAGGCACGUAAGGAAAUGGUCCGUGACCUCAAAGACGUGGUUGCAAGACUCAAAGACAUUCAGGGCAGAAAAUCCCAAGGCAUUGAGAGCAGAAGAGUUGUUAAGGUGGAUGGCCAGAGCCAUAUUGGUGACAAGAGAAGCAUUGCCGAGGUGGACAGCGAAAUAAGUUCACCAGAGCCUUCCUCAAAGUCCAAUCGGGUCAAUCCAUUUGGAAAAGGCUUGAGAAUCAAGGAAGGUGACGAGAUGUUCCAGUGGAAGCAGGUGACCAAGAUCGAGCCUGAAAUCAAGACUCAUACUUCUUACUUGACGUUUGCAUACUUGGUUCCAGAAAAAAUUCUUGACCAGGGUACUGGUUUUGUGAAAAUCGGCAGGGCCGGAACAAACUUUCCAGACUACACAUUUCCUUCACUUGUAGGAAGACCCAUAUUGAGAGCGGAGGAAAGAAACGCUUUGGUACCAGAUGACAUCGAAAUCAAGGACAUAAUGUGCGGCCAGGAGGCCAGUGAUGUUAGAUCCUUGUUGCAAAUCAGCUACCCUAUGGAGAAUGGUAUCAUUAAGAACUGGGAGGAUAUGGAACACUUGUGGGACUACGCAUUCUACGAGAAAAUGAAGAUUCCUACCCAGGGCAAGAAGAUCUUAUUGACCGAGCCACCAAUGAACCCAUUGAAGAAUAGAGAGACCAUGUGCAAUGUUAUGUUUGAGAAGUACCAGUUUGGUGGCGUUUAUGUCGCCAUCCAGGCCGUUUUGGCCUUAUAUGCUCAAGGUUUGUCCUCGGGGGUGGUUGUGGACUCCGGUGAUGGUGUGACCCACAUUGUGCCCGUGUAUGAGUCGGUAGUGUUGAACCAUUUGACCAGAAGAUUGGACGUGGCCGGAAGAGACGUGACAAGAAACUUGAUUAACUUAUUGUUGCGCCGUGGAUAUGCAUUUAACAGAACAGCAGACUUUGAAACGGUGCGCCAGAUUAAGGAGAAGUUGUGCUACGUUUCCUACGAUUUGACUUUGGACACCAAAUUGGCAACAGAAACAACCACAUUGGUCGAGUCAUAUGAGUUGCCAGACGGCAGAGUCAUCAAGGUGGGUUCGGAGAGAUUUGAGGCUCCAGAAUGUUUGUUCAACCCCAACUUGGUGGAUGUGGAGCAGGCUGGUGUUGGUGAGACUCUCUUCAACACAAUACAAUCUGCUGAUGUUGACAUCAGAUCUUCGUUAUACAAAGCCAUUGUGUUGUCAGGUGGUUCUUCCAUGUACCCUGGCUUACCCUCCAGAUUAGAGAAGGAAUUGAAGCAAUUGUGGUUGACCCGCGUUUUGCAUGGAGAUGCUACUCGGUUGGAGAAGUUCAAGGUGAGAAUCGAGGAUCCUCCAAGAAGAAGACAUAUGGUGUUCAUUGGAGGUGCUGUCUUGGCCAACAUCAUGGCCGACAAGGACCACAUGUGGAUCAGCAAACAGGAAUGGGAGGAACAAGGUUCUCGUGUGUUGGAGAAGCUUGGUCCUCGCUAG